AUGCGGCUCCCAAGGUCAUCGAUCGUCUUCGCCGCUCCUCAUCUCUUCUCGCUUAUCAAAGUCCACUCUAAACGCAACUUCUCAAUCAACAAGCAACUCACCCUUCAAAAAACUACCCUCGACAAGAUGUACGUUCUCAACUUCUCCAAGCUCUUUGUGGUAGUGGCUUGCAUCGCCUUCCUCGGCAAGGGCGUCGUUGCCGACGCUCAGAUCAACGAUGCCCUGGUCGAGCCCAACCUGUCGCUUGCUGAUGGCAUUGGCGAGAUCAAGGCCAGCCAGUGCAUCAUGACUUCCAAGCCCGGCAAGGACUGUGCCGUCGGCGUGAUGCAGAAUGCUGGGGCCAGCUGCUCCUUCAACAAGAGGUGCAGCAUUAAAUGCAACGGCAUGGUCGGCUGCACCACCAACUGCAGGUGCAUUGCUGCCUAG